GGAGAGCAGAUCCGCGAGAGCAGAGCGCCUCGUCACUCGGGACGCGCGCAGAACAAACUGCGCUCCUACGUAGCACUUCUGUUUCACAGCAAGGUGAGAAAUUAUUACAGUUUUCAAGGAGCGCGUGUUUGCAGGGAACUCGUAGCACGUCGGCGCGCGGAGUCGCUGCAAAGUGCGCGUUCAUCCCACGUCUCGACUGUCAAAACUGUCGGCGCAGCUGGAAAGUCAUUUAAAUAUUGUCCUAAUUCAGUCACACCGCGGCGGGUUUAUUCCCACUCGUGGGAAAUGUCCGAGGCAGCGCGAGCCGUGGCUUUUUAUCCGUUUUUUGUUCCUGUCACUCCGCAUUUGUGAUCUUCGGAUGGAUCCUUGGGGAUGGAGAGAAAUAUGACUUUCUCAUCGGGGAUUAUAAGAGAGGCGCGCUGAAGAUCUGAAGACUUUCACCCCCAAACAAAUUAAACCGUUAUAUUUGUUUAAUUGAGGAAAUCCAGAGAUUAAUUCUCUCCAGGACAUUUUCCCGAAAAGUCCAAUAUUAAGCAGCGCAGCGGAGUUCACGAGGGAAAGGGCAGCGCGUGUGAGGAUCAUACUAGUCGUCAUCAUCAUCACCACCACCACAAUCAUCAUCACCAUCAUCACAAUACUGUAGCCCGGGCCCGGCAUCGCCACCAUCAUCGCCACCAUCAUCGCCGACCUCCUCAUCCUCACCUCCCGGGAUGGUGCGGCUGCUCCCCUGCCUCCUGCUCGGGUACCUCACGUGGAUGCUGCGCGUGUCCGACGCCCAGGGGGAGUACUGCCACGGGUGGCUCGACUCCAGCGGGAACUACCACGAGGGCUUCCAGUGCCCGGAGGACAUGGACACGCUGGACGCGACCGUGUGCUGCGGCUCGUGCUCCCUGCGCUACUGCUGCGCGGCCGUGGACGCGCGACUCGACCAGGGCAGCUGUACCAACGACAGGGAGCUGGAGAACAGCCAGUUCGCAGCCCAGCCUAUCUACGUGCCGUUCCUGAUGGUGGGCUCCAUCUUCGUGGCCUUUGUCGUCAUUGGCUCCCUUGUGGCCGUCUACUGCUGCACCUGCCUCCGGCCCAAGCAGCCGACCCAGCAGCCCAUCCGCUUCUCCCUGCGUAGUUGUCAAGGCGAGACCAUACCCAUGAUCCUGACGACGGCACCACCCAGCUUGCGCACACCCUCCCGCCAGUCCAGCACCGGCACCACCAGCUCCAGUUCGGCAGGCGGAGGCAGUUCUGUGCGUCGCUUCUCCCUUGGGAGGGUGGAUGUGGCUCAGGGGCAGCAGCAGUCACAGCCGUCCUGCCUAGCAUCCACUCCAGCCCUGUCCCCGGCCCAAGUGCAACCUACACUACCUCCGCCCCCACCUCCUCCUUACUCUACCCCUACCUGCCUUCAAGGGGGUGUCUCUCACACCCACACACACACCCACACCACACUGCAGCUCCACCAGCCCCUACACCCAUCCCCGAGCACCGGCUUCCUCCUCUCCCAGCAGUACUUUCCUUUCCCCAUGCAGCCUGAACCCUUUUCUGCGACGAAGGGUUUUGCUGAUUUUGGGCAGAGCUGAUGGGCUCAGAACACCACCUCUACUGAAGGCUGCUGUCCUGCAGAAGAUCACCGCUGCAGGAGCGCUUGUUGGUGGACAACACUCCGAAAUUAAAGACAGAAGCAGGCCGGCGCGUCCUACCAUGUGGGAGGGAAAAACACAGCGGGGGUCCCUUUGAGCAGGAGGUCCAGGAGGCCUGAGACCGGGGCAGUCGACCGAGGGACUUCACCCUGGAGAUCACCCAGCAGGGAGAGGGGUCCAACUGAGACUCCUUUAGAGACUCAGGUACAGAGCAGGGGGAAUUCUGGGAGGGAAGACUCUCCCCACACCCAGGUGGUUGACAGUGCAAGAGUGCACUUUUUACACCAGGUGUGACUUGCUAUUUCUUGCUAUGUCUACUCGAGUAUGCACUUUUUUUAUUCAUUCUCUUAAACUACACUCUGUCCUUCCAUUAUUUAGCCUUUCGGGAUGUCAAAGAAAUCAGUCACAUGUUCAAAUGAGCCCAACAUUUUUCUCAUAUUCAUGGCAAAUAUUAAAAAUAAAUUUUUCGGGAGUUGGACCGAGUGACGAAUUUUGAGGGAAUAUAAAUGAUGCUGACAAUCUUCGUCCUUCAUAAGGAAGGGAAAAACUAAUAGAAGACCUAAUAAUUCCAGUAAAAGUAGGAGAACAUGGAAAACGGACGACGUCAGGGGCAUGGCUUGGCCAGCGGGUGGACGGAGGGACACAUGAGCCGUUUCCGUGACUCACCCGAGCUGCUCCGUUCCAUAUGUUCUGAGGGUAAAAAUGCGCCCGUAGUCACACGGUACCUUUCCACUGGGUCACUGCUUCAUAGCGGUCUUGUGCAACAACCGUCAUGGCUUAGGGUCACACCGAGGUGAGAGCGAAUAGCUGUCAUGGCGACAGAAGCAGCAAUGUACUCGGACAAAGUGAAGGGGAGUCCUUUGGAACGUGACCAUACUUUUGACCAUCACAAGCAGACAUAACAGUUGUGUUUAUGACACUGGCGCACCCACAGUAACAAGAUACAGUCUAGAAUAUUGGAGGGGGUGGAGGUUUGGUGGGGCCACAGAUCAGCAGGAAAAGUCUACUGGGGCAAGGCACUGACCUGGGACAUGAAACUGAAUAAUAAAUAACGCCCAAACAAGGCCAUCUGUUUGUCAGCAGUG